CAUGUAUUUAACACACGAUUUAAUAUUUUAAUUACUUAUAUAAUUAUAUAAUUUUUAUCAUAACUUUCUCUUAUGAAUCGAUUGUUUACUUUUGAUUCAAAAGUCUAUUUAAUUGUUAGCAAAGCGUUUGAUAUCGCAUUCAUUUGGAGUCAAUUCAAUACAAUUAAUACUAAUUAUAAUUACAAUAAUUCAGUCAUUUAUGUAUCGAUUGUAAUAAUAAUGGGAAAUAAGAUCUCUUGUUGUAAAGCAAACAGUCCUCAAACGCACCGCAAAAAGCAUGAGACAAAUGUGAUCAUCGAUGACAACCACCUCAACGAUAGGGUCGGACCUAUUCUUCAGCACAUCAGCGAACGAGAACCAGAAGACAAUGAGUCCGAUCCCUCUUCUCAUCCGACCGCUGGACCUCUUUUUAUGCAACGAUCUCGAAGUGAUAUCAGAUUUAUUAGAGUCUCGUCCGCUCAAGAAAUCCAGUUCCUGUUCGACCAUCUAUUUAGACGACAGUACUGUUAGUCAUCCAAACUUGAAAAACACCAUCAAAUGUGUCACACUUGGUAUCUAUUAUCACAUCCGGAACAGGAAUUCCGAUCGUAUUGUUGAUAUUUUUGACGAAAGACAACACCCAUUAACGAAGGACGGAAUGCCCAACAAUAGGGAUGAGAAUCGAGAUCCCGAUCACCGGACAAUAUACCGGUUCGUGAGGACACUGUUCAGCGCCGCCCAACUGUCACCGGAGUGUGCGAUCAUAACUCUGGUCUAUUUGGAGCGUCUGUUAACGUACGCCGAGAUCGAUAUCGCGCCGCAGACGUGGAAACGUAUCGUUUUGGGUGCCAUUCUUCUGGCGAGCAAAGUAUGGGACGAUCAGGCCGUCUGGAAUGUCGACUACUGCCAAAUACUUAGAGAUAUCACCGUUGAGGACAUGAACGAACUCGAGAGAAGAUUUCUGGAGCUCUUGCAGUUCAAUAUCAAUGUGCCGUCGAGUGUAUACGCGAAGUAUUAUUUCGAUUUGCGGUCACUCGCAGAUCAAAACGACAUUACAUUCCCGACCGAACCCCUCAAUGAGGACAGAGCACUACGGCUUGAAGCAAUGUCUCGUCUGUGCGAAGACAAGUUAAUAGAUUCCAAUAGAAAUGGAUUCAAGAAGUGGUCGAGUCUGGACAGUAUGCCGCUCACCCGUAAAAGCGCUGCCAUUAUAUCGUGAUUUACCUGUUAUUACACUUUUUGCGGAGCUAUUGGUUAAACCCAUUAAUCCAUAAAUCAUUGCU